AGGUGUGGCGUAUACCGUGUGACGCCUUCACGUUACAAGAACUUUCAUGGCGUAAUAAUGGAACGCACUCCGGGCGGGGACAUAACAAGACAUCGCGUCCCUAUGUUUAAUCCAAACCAACAACGACUCAGAGCAGGGGGUGUUGUUUUUUUUAGCGAAAAAGCUGAACUGGUGAAACUGUGACGGUGUCAUGUGGUACAAAGCAGAGGAAUAACACGACCUGGAGACACUUCGCUUUCUCCGUCGAGCUUCGCCUUCCCUCGUUCACUCUGAGCCACGGUCUGCUGAGGCACCAUGCGGAGGUUCAGCUCCGAGGGGUCCCUCCUGGACAUGGACGUUAUGCCCUGGAGAGGGAUCCAGCUGAAAGACCCCCCGGUACUUAACAGGGAGUCGGGCACCCACACGCAUCUACUCGGCCCCUCCGAACCGGCCCGGAGCGCGACGCUGCCCCCGACCAUCCGAGAACUGGGUUCGAGUCCCGGCUGCCCGGCCAGGUUGACCAAGGACCUCAGCGUCAGCGUGGAGGACUUGAAGGAGCUGAGCAAGCGGAAGAUGGACAACCUGCGAGUAGGGACGAUGGGCGAGAGCUUCCGUGCCUACAGCGACGGCCAGCUGGCGCCCUCCUCCCAAGGCAGCAGCACCGGGAGCUUGGAGAGGGACGACACGCGCCCGUCCUCCCCGUCCGACCCCUCCUUGAAGUCGCGCCACCACCGUGAGCGCGCCAAAGCAAAACUGUCUGCUGCCAAACUUCACCUAAAAAGUUUGUUUGAACUGAAUCAUCAUUCGUCCAACUCCAAUAUAAGCCAAGCAGUCCAAAAAGACAGUGCCAAGGAGAGGCGCUCUCGCCUCCGCUUCAUGCGCCAGUGGAGUCAAGUGGGUCACAGUGGGGGAUUGAGGUUCAGUUUGGAGGCGCUGGAGAAUUGGGCCCGGUCGCUCAACGCCCUGCUUGCGAGUCAGGAGGGAGUGUCUGUGUUCGGUGCAUUCCUGCGCUCCGAGUUCAGCGAGGAGAACCUGCAGUUCUACCUGGCGUGUGGGCAGUACCAGCAGUCCUCCAACAACUUCAGCCUACAGCGGAGGGCCAAGGACAUCUGCACCACCUACAUCCAGCCUGGCUCCCCCCGCGAGGUGAACCUGGACAGCAAGACCCGGGACCUGACCCUCCAGCUGCUGCAGGCACCCUCACACACCUCCCUGCUCCCCGCUCAGAAGCGCAUCUACUCCCUGCUGGACGCAGACUGCUACCCCCGCUUCCUGCAGUCCCCUCUCUACCUCUCCCUGCUGGAGGACGCUCGCUAGGCCUGGCCCAUAGCGGUGGACCUCAACGUGUGUGUGUGUGUGUGUGUGUGUGUGUGUGUGUGUGUGUGUGUGUGUGUGUGUGUGUGUGUGUGUGUGUGUGUGUGUGUGUGUGUGUGUGUGUGUGUGUGUGUGUGUGUGUGUGUGUGUGUGUGUGUGUGUGUGUGUGUGUGUGUCAGGGUUUUGUUCUAAAAUAGGAAAAUGUAUGGCUAAAAACUAUAUUUGUUUUGAUCUUGCUGAAAUUAUUUAUUGAAUGUAUAAAAAACGUUCAGAAAAAUGGGCUCUAAAUUGGCCAGAAUGCAAAGAGACUGUAGGGAGUCAGGAAGUAAAAAGAACAAGUCAAGGAGUGUGUCAUCGAGGACUCAUCGAGUGUGGCGUUAAUAAACAGUCAAGCCAGCAUGUCGACCGAGUGGAGGGUGGACUGAUCCCUUGGGGGGGAGGAGUCCUCUUCCUGCUCAAUGUGAACUGGGGAACUAUGCACAUGUCUGCCUUCUAAUCAUUAAACGCCCUCCUUUUGCGGGCCUCACUGGGUGCAGAUUAGGUGCUGACGGUCCAAUGAGCACAUGCAAAUGUCAUUCCAUGAAACCAAGAAGAACAAGUCCGGUGAGAAUGAGCCAGGUUUUAAAUGUUAUAUAUGGGGUUGGUCAGAUAUUUGAGUGAAUGUAUUUUUUAAGAACCUUGUAACAGCCCCCCCCCCUCCAUCUUGAUUUCGCCGAGGUUGUAGGCCUUUUCUUACGCUUUCUUGUCGAGCAAAAUCUCCUUUGAUGUUGCUCUAUGUAAAAUGUAAAUAAAAAUGUAUUUAUGUAUGUGGUUGAACGGUCAUCAACUUCAAACAUUAACAUUCCUUAUUGUA